AUGGACGCUAUCAAGAGUGGCAAGCUCCCGUUCGAUGGUGACACGGAUAAAGCGGCAAAGGCCAUCUAUGAAAUGGCUGCCGGCGAAGGUGUCGGCGCUGAGCGCGAGGCUGAGCUUUUCCUUCCACUGGACCGUGAUAUGAUUACUCGGGUCUGUCUUAUUCGCGAUCAGUACACGCAUGCGUUGGAAGUGCUUGGCGACUUUAGUGGCAAUCUUUAUAUGGAGCGACAGGAUUAG